AUGGCUUUGGAAGCCACUAUGUUGCAAGAGAAUAUGGCUGUCGAAGCCAAUAAUUGUGAAAAUGGCAAAGUAUUGCCAACAAUCCAGAAGUUGGACUGCAUCUAUGAUGAAGAACCAUUGGGAUUUGAAAAAGAUCCUUCGAAUUCUAGUCAAAAGAUGCCAACAUACAUAAGUGCCAAUAUCCCAAAGGAUUUGCGUGAUAAACUGGUUGAACUCCUUAAAGAGUUCAAAGAUUGUUUUGCUUGGGAUUACAAUGAAAUGCCAGGCAUUGAGAUAAACCAAAAUAAGACAAAGGCUAUUCUGGAGACUAAGCCUCCGAUAAACAAAAAGCAACUUCAAUCCUUGUUGGGAAAAAUCAACUUUCUGAGAAGAUUCAUUUCGAAUCUAAGUGGUAAAGCUCAAGCUUUUUCACCAUUGCUUCGACUCAAGAAAGAAGACAUUUUCACUUGGGGGCAGGAUCAGCAAGAAGCAUUCGACGAGAUCAAGAAAUACUUGUCUAAUCCUCCAACUCUUAUGCCUCCAAUUAGAAAUAAGUUUAUGAAGUUGUAUAUUUCAGCAUCUAAUACAACAUUAGGUAGUAUGUUAGCCCAAGAGGACGAAAAUGGUGAAGAAAAAGCCAUAUAUUAUUUAAGUAGAGUCCUUAAUGAUGUUGAAACUAGAUAUAGUAGUAUUGAAAAGCUUUGUCUUUGUUUGUAUUUUUCCUGUAUGAAAUUGAAACAUUAUAUAAAGCCUAUUGAUGUUUAUGUUUAUUCUCAUUAUGAUGUUAUUAAGCAUAUGCUUUUAAAACCAAUUCUGCAUAGCCGAAUUGGAAGAUGGGCUUUGGCUCUUUCUGAGUAUUCACUUUCAUACAAACCUUUGAAGGCCAUUAAAGGCCAAAUAGUGGCUGACUUUAUUGUUGAUCAUUCAGCAAUUGAAUCACCUCAGAACUAUGUGGCUCUAGAGCCAUGGACUUUGUAUUUCGAUGGAUCUAAACAUCAACAUGGUACAGGAAUUGGUGUCUUAAUAAUUUCCCCACAAAAAAUUCCUACCAAGUUUAAAUAUAAAAUCAAUGGUAUUUGUUCAAAUAAUGAGGCUGAAUAUGAGGCUUUAAUAGCAGGUUUGGAAAUACUGUUGAGCCUGGGGGCAAAAGACAUUAAAAUAAGAGGUGAUUCAGAAUUAGUUUUGAAACAAUUGACAAAAGAAUACAAAUGUAUUAAGGAGCAUUUGAUUCGUUAUUUUGUCAUAGCAAAUACGUUACUAAAACGUUUCGAUUCGAUUGACAUAGAACAUGACCCUCGAGUAGAGAAUCAGGAAGCAAAUGACUUAGCACAGAUUGCUUCAGGAUACAAAGUGUCCAAAGACAAAUUGGAACAAUUAGUGGAAAUUAAAGAAAAAUUGAUUUCUCAUGACCCAAUGCACUUGGAAUUGUCAAUGCCAAAACUUGGGGGGGCACAUAUGUCACAUAAUGACAUAAAUAAUUUUGACCAAAAAAUGGAUCGUGAUAUUUAUGAUGAAUUCCAAGUUUUUGUCAUCGACAAUUUAGUAAAUGGUGAUUGGAGGAAACCAAUUGUAGAAAAUCUGGAAAAUCCAAUUGGAAAUGUUCCUCGAAAGAUCAAAUAUAGUGCAUCAAAUUACGUAAUCAUUGGUAAUGAAUUAUUCAAAAAGACCCUUGCAGGAAUUUUAUUAAAGUGUCUUAGUGAAACUGAAGCAUAUAUAGCCAUCUCUGACGUUCAUAGUGGAGCCUGUGGCUCUCACCAAUCAGGCCAUAAGAUGAAAUGGCUUUUAUUUCGACAAGCCAUACCCUUGCCCAAUGUUGAUCAGGAAGAAGUGAUAAGUUUUAUCCAAAACCACAUCAUUUAUAGGUUUGGAAUUCCUGAAACCAUCACAACUGAUCAAGGUUCAGUGUUUACUGGGCGAAAGAUGCAAGAAUUUGCUACGCAAACAGGGUUUAAACUUUUGACUUCAACACCUUAUUAUGCGCAAGCAAAUGGUCAAGUGGAAGCUGCCAAUAAGAUUAUCAUUGGAUUAAUCAGAAAACAUAUUGCUCAAAAGCCAAGAAAUUGGAACAAGACUUUAAAUCAAGUCUUAUGGGCAUGUAGAAAUUCUCCUAAAGAAUCAACAAACUCUACUCCAUUUCGAUUAACAUAUGGUCAUGAUGUUGUGUUACCAGUGGAAAUUUAUUUGCAAUCCAUCAGAAUUCAAAGGCAAAUAGAAAUACCAACUGAUCACUAUUGGAGUAUGAUGUUUGAUGAAUUGGUUGAUUUAGACGAAGAAAGGCUAAGGGCACUUGAUACUUUAAGUAGACAAAAAGAAAGAGUGGUAAAGGCCUAUAAUAAAAAGGUUAAGUCGAAAACCUUUGAUGUGGGAAAUUUAGUUUGGAAAGUCAUCUUGCCUAUGGAUAAAAAAGAUAGAAUUUUAGGCCUUUGCCACCAAAUUGGGAAGGACCUUUUAAAAUCAUACAAGUAUUUUCGAACGGUGCAUAUGAGAUAG